AUGGCACCAGACAUCAAUACGGUCAACGACGACCCUCUCGCCACGCACGCCACUGACGGCUACGCAGACAAUGGCGUUAGCCGUGCAGAUUACACCAUCCCGGACAUCGUCCUUCACGGGCCCUACACUCGCAAGAUCAAAGUCUUGAGUAUAGGUGCCGGAGUGACUGGUAUAAUGAACGCCUACCACAUCCAGAAGUACCUGAAGAACGUGGAACAUGUAAUCUACGAGAAGAAUGCCGACAUUGGUGGCACAUGGCUGGAGAACAGGUAUCCGGGAGCUGCUUGUGACAUUCCUUCUCAUGCUUAUACAUUCCCUUUUGCUCUGAAUCCGGACUGGCCACGCUUCUUUUCGUACAGUCCUGACAUCUGGAAGUAUCUGGACAAGGUGUGCUCAGUAUGGGAUUUACGAAAGUACAUGAAUUUCAACACCGAAGUGAUCGGCGCCUACUGGCAGGAAGACACUGGCGAGUGGCUGAUCAAGUUGAAAGAUACGACUGGAGGACAGACAAGACUCUUCGAUGAACGAUGUCAUAUCCUACUCCACGGCACUGGAAUCCUGAACAAUUUCAAGUGGCCUAACAUCGAAGGUAUGGAGACCUUCAAGGGCAAGAUCGUACACACGGCCCGCUGGCCCACAGACUAUCAAUCCGAGCAAUGGAAAUCCGACCGCGUCGCAGUCAUCGGCUCCGGCGCCUCCUCCAUCCAAACCGUCCCCACCAUGCAACCGCACGCCCAACACCUCGACGUCUUCGUCCGCACGCCCGUCUGGUUCGUCCAGAUCGCCAACAAUUUCGGGGCCAACCAUGCCUAUACCGACGACCAACGCCAGUCCUACCGCGACCCGCACCAGAUCGUAGAGCAUGCAAAGUCCAUUGAGGACCAAGUCAAUGGGUUAUGGGGAACUUUCUUCAAGAAUGCGAGCGCGCAAAAGGAAGGGCAGAAGGCGUUGAAGGCGCGUAUGGCCGAGUUUUUGAAGGAUGAGAGGCUGCUGGAAGGAUUUACUCCGAGUUGGGGGAUUGGAUGUCGGCGAGUCACGCCAGGAGACCCUUAUAUGGAAGCAAUCCAAAAGCCCAAUGUCGAUGUUCACUUUACCGCUGUGGAGAAGAUCACGCCGAAGGGCGUGGUGGGCGCGGAUGGGGUCGAGAGGGAGUGCGAUACAAUUGUGUGCGCGACGGGAUUCGAUGUCAGCUAUCGGCCCAGGUUUCCUAUCGUGGGACAGAAUGGUGUCCAGUUGGCCGAUAAAUGGAAAGAAUGUCCAGAAGGUUACAUGGGUCUGGGGAUACCGGACUUUCCCAACUUCCUCACUUUUAUCGGCCCUAAUUGGCCUGUGGAGAACGGCAGCGUCAUGGGGCCGUUGAUGUACGUUUCCUACUACGCUCUUCAGAUGAUUCGAAAGUUGCAGACCGAGUACGUCAAGAGCGCGACACCGAAGCAGGACAUCACGGACGAGUUCAAUGCGCAUUGUCAGGAGUGGGUCAGGCAUACUGUCUGGACGGAGGAAUGUCGAUCUUGGUACAAGAACAAUGAGACGGGAAGAGUGAAUGCGGUCUGGCCAGGAAGCAGUCUGCAUUAUAUCGAGGCGAUCAGGAAUGUCAGGUGGGAGGACUAUGACCUGAAGUAUUGUGAGGAGGGGAAGAAGAACCGAUUCGCGUAUUUGGGGAUGGGCACGACGGAGGCGUUGGUCAAGAAGGAAGACCCGAGUCCUUACCUGAACGUGGACAUGAUCGAUCCAGACUGGAUGCGGGCGGUGGGCAUGGACGAGGGAAAGAUCAAAGAGGCGAAGGUCAAAGAGUUGGAAGGAAAGAUCGAGGAGAUAAAGAAGAAGGGCUGGGAUAACGUUGAGAAGGCGAGCAUUGCGUGA